UUCCCCUAACUAAACUUUAGUUAUUUCUUUGAUUCCAGAUCGCCAUCGGCCGUUCGGAGAUCCCUCAAAAAACCAAGGAGAAAAAGGAGAGAGGACUCACCGCCGGCUUCGGAUGAUCGCGGCGACCGUAGGCAUCCACGGCGCCUCACCGCCGGCAGUAGUUGGGGCGAAGGAUGGGAUCGGCAACGACCUCGCCGGGAUGCCGUGGUCGCAGUCGGAGCCCCAGCCCCGGUGCUCCUUCAGCGUCCCGCGCCCCGCAGCCGCCGCGGCGGCGCCCGCGAAGCUCAAGACUAGCCGCUCCAUCGACCUGUUCCCCUUCAUCCCCAACCCGAUCCGAUCGUUUCUGUUCGACUCCGAGGAGGCGAAUGGGGGGAGGAGACUGGUUGAGCAGGAGGAGAGCAGUGAGGAGGAGGUGGGAUCGGAGACGGAGAAGCGGGCGAAUUGGGUGGAGAGGAUCUGGGAGCUGAGGAUCCGGUGGCGGGAUCGGAAGCCAAAAGAAGACGAGAAGGUCGCCGGCGACGGUGACAAGGAGACGGAUGAGCUCUGCACUGUGAGUUACGACUCGGGCGAGGAGGGGGAAGGGAAGAAGGAGCUGAGCGACUGGGAUCAGGAGUCGUUCGCGCGACUCUUGGCCACUGUCCCGUGGACGGACGCCAAGCUCUUCUCCCAGCUGGCGUUUCUCUGCAACAUGGCCUACGUGAUACCGGAGAUCAAGGCAGAGGACCUGAUGAAGCACUACGGUCUUCGUUUUGUCACCUCUUCGUUGGAGAAGAAAGCAGAGGCCGCAAUCAAGGCCCGGCUCGAGAACGACUCGACCCGCCCUCCGCCCGGACCGACCGGUACGGACAGCGGAUGCGGCCCGGGGACCCAGAUGAGGCGCCCGAUCCGGCCGUCCAUGGCCUACGAGAUCGCGGCGUCAGCCGCGUCCUACGUCCACUCCCGCGCCAAGGGCCUCCUGUCCCUCGGCGGAGAACCUGAGCCCAUGACCGGCGGGGAGGCACUCGUUGAAGGGCCGGAGGAGGUGCAGUCGCUGAAGGGGACUUCCGAAUAUGACACACUCGGCGAAGGGCCCGCGAAGGCGCAGUCGCCGAAGGUGAAUCCCGGCCGGAUAUACAAGUCCAAUGUGGCAGCGUAUGUGGCCACAUCGACGAUGACAGCAGUGGUGGCGGCGGAGGAGCAGGCCCGGCAGGAGGCGGCAAAGGAUCUCCGGUCGCUUCAUUCGUCGCCAUGCGAGUGGUUUGUAUGCGACGACCCCGGCACCGGCACUCGCUGCUUCGUAAUCCAGGGAUCGGAUUCAGUGGCUUCGUGGCAAGCCAACCUUUUUUUCGAACCCGUCAAAUUUGAGGGGAUGGACGUGCUGGUGCAUCGAGGGAUAUAUGAAGCAGCGAAGGGAAUAUACGAGCAGUUCAUGCCGGAGAUCGAGGACCACUUGAAGCGUUGCGGGGAGAGGGCGAAGCUUCGAUUCACGGGGCAUUCGCUUGGAGGGAGCCUCUCGCUCCUCGUCCACCUCAUGCUCUUGGCUCGGGGCGCCGUCAAGCCCUCCGCUCUCCUCCCGGUGGUGACCUUCGGCUCCCCGUCCGUGUUCUGCGGGGGGAAGCGGGUGUUGGAAGCGCUGGGGCUGGGCCGGGGGCAGGUGCGCUCGGUGAUGAUGCACCGGGACGUCGUGCCCCGGGCCUUUUCUUGUGGCUACCCAAACCACGUCGCCCAUGUCCUCAAGCGCCUCAACAGAGCUUUCCGGUCUCACCCGUGUCUCAAUAACGAGAAAGUCCUAUAUUCUCCACUGGGCCAGACGUACAUCCUCCAACCCGACGCCAAAACCUCUCCUCCCCACCCUCUCCUCCCCCCAGGAGCAGCUCUCUACACCUUGGACGGAAAAAACCCGGCCGGGGGCGCAUCGACGGUGGCCGGCGCCCUGAGAGCCUUCCUCAACUCGCCACACCCACUGGAGACGCUGAGCGACCCAAUGGCCUACGGCUCCGACGGCACCAUCCUCCGCGACCACGACUCCAGCAACUACCUCAAGGCCAUCAACGGCCUGCUCCGGCAGCACACCAAGGCAGUGCUCCGGCGGACGCGGCGGCAGCGUUUCAACCACCUGUGGCCCCUUCCCACCACCACCACAAACAGGCUAACAGCUCACUCUUGGUGAGCCCACCAUGAUAUGAUCCGAGAAUGGAGAAACCCGGGCUGGUCUCUAAGGAUGUGAUCACUACUAGGGCCUGAGGAUUAGACUGGAUCCAUUUUCUUUUUUUUUAAUAGCGUAGGAUCACUAUUGUGAAAUAGUAGCGUUGACGCUUCAGUUUGUACAUUGAGCUGGUCUUUUUGUUUUUUGUUUUUUUUGUCCUAUUCAUACGAGUGCCUGACGAUCGA